CCCGCGGUGACCACAACAUGGCUGCGGCGCCGGGGCUGCUCUUCUGGCUGCUCCUGCUCGGGCUGGCCUGGCGGGUGCCGGGCCAGCCGCACGCGGGCACGAGCCGGCGCUUCUCGGAGCACAAGCUGUGCGCGGACGACGAGUGCAGCAUGUUAAUGUACCGAGGUGAGGCUCUAGAAGAUUUCACAGGCCCCGAUUGUCGUUUCGUGAGUUUUAAAAAAGGUGACCCCGUAUAUGUCUACUAUAAACUGGCAGGGAGACCGCCUGAAGUUUGGGCUGGAAGUGUUGGACGUAUUUUUGGAUAUUUUCCAAAAGAUUUAAUCCAAGUAGUCCAUGAAUAUACCAAAGAGGAGCUACGGGUUCCCACAGAUGAGACAGAUUUUGUUUGUUUUGAUGGGGGAAGAGAUGAUUUUGACAAUUACAACGUAGAAGAGCUUUUAGGAUUUUUGGAAUUGUACAAUUCUGCACCUGGAGAUUCUGAGAAAGCUACAGAAAAAACUGGGCAUGAGGACACACUUCUUGAAGUACUUGAGGAAAGCGACCUUGAACCUGAAUCUGAUCUUGAACCUGAACCAGGAGAACUUGACUCAGAGGAGAGUGAAAGUGUGUUCUCAGAAAACUCUAAGGAACUCAGGGAAAGAUCUGGGGCUCAGAGGAACCACCCUCACUUAAACAGUCAAGCAGAUCAUGCUCAGGGAGACCAGCUUGCAUUUGAACCUUUUGAGGAAAUGCUACAAGAUAAACUGAAAGUGCCGGAAAAUGAAAACAACAAAACCAGCAAUGGGUCUCAGCUCUCGAGUGAACAGGAGAAGAUUGAUGCUUAUAAACUUUUGAAAAAAGAAAUGACUCUGGACUUAAAAACCAAAUUUGGCUCGACUGCCGAUGCCCUUGUCUCUGAUGAUGAGACAACCAGACUUGUUACUUCAUUAGAAGAUGAUUUUGAUGAGGAGCUGGAUACUGAGUAUUACACAGUUGGCAAGGAAGAUGAGGAGGAUGAAGAAAACUUGGACGACCUGCCGUUACUGACCUUCACACACGCUGGGGAAGAUGUGAAGGUCCCAAUGAAGUCUGGAGUUCAGAAAUAUCCAACAGAUACAGAGCAGAAUACAAAUGAAAAGGAUAAGGUUGAGGUGACUCAGCCCCCUGGCAUCAAAAACUAUGAUCAAAAUAUACUAACAACCUGGGAGGAUACUGUCUUCUCCUUCACAGAUGGUGACAGACAAACAGGCUUGGACAUAGGGAGUUCUGACCCAGAGGAAGGGAGGGAGGGUGGUGACGCAUUCAUCCCAGAUAGCAAAUGGGGGAAACCACAAUCAGCACCAGAUUACGCCGACCCCCAAAAAGCAGAAGAUGGGCUUUUGACUGUAGAGGCCCCUAAAACAAAUAAUGACAAAGACCUGGAAAUUCACUUUACAGGAAACGGGAGGAAAGUUGAGGAAUCCAAGAAGGGCCUGGUGCAGGCUGAGAUGGGGCUGGAGGGGAAGCAGGAAGGCAUGAAGGCACACGGUCCUACUCAAAGCAGUGACCUCAGCUCUUUGCCAGCUGCUGGAAAGAGUAAAGACAUGUCGGAAUCAGCUUUUGAUAACAAAGAAAAUGACCUAGAAGGAGCAGCUGUUCCUACGUCAAAAGGAAUGCUCCAUGAAGAAAAGCCUGCAGAGCGGAUUUUGGAGGGUGGCUCGGAGCGUGAAGCGGUACCCAAAGCUGCAGGGAGUCAAGUGAGCGAGGAAGGGAUGGAGCAAGAAUCCGUGGGCAUCGCACCAACGCCGGGGGGUAGUCCGCAUAAUGCAUCCAAAGACAACGCGGAAGAAGUGCACGCUUUAGUAAGUGGACCAAAACCACACACGCUUUCACCGGAGCCUCCACACGAGGGAUUUCAAGAGGAACAGCGUCUUAAGACUGACGGUCAGCCGAGGCCUUCCCCUCCAGAUGAAGUUGAUUUGCCAAGAGAACCGGAAGAAGAGGGUCCCACUGUGGGAAGAAAUCUUUCCUGGCCACAAGGAAAAGAGGUGGCCCAUGCACGUGAUAGGCAGAUGGAUGAGAAGUUACAGCUCUCCAAGGAAGUGGUCAAAGAGGACUCCUCAGGGGAAGAAAUGGCUCCUUACAAGCCCGCGGCGGGCACGCAGGAAGUGGAGACAAGAGGCCAGGUGGAUAGCCUGGAAGUGCCAGGUUUCCAUCCCGAGACACCAGAAGCAGAAGCUGAUUACGGCCCUGAACAACUACUGGAGGAUGAAAAUGCUCUAAGUGCAAAACAGUCUAAAGAAAAAAGCCCUGAGAUUCAAGGUGGGCCGUUAGAUGUUCAUCCGCAGGCCCCUGCAGGGGCCAUGUUAGGCACCGUUAGUACUGAUGCAGAAGCAGAAGGAAACAAAGAAGAAACCGGUAAUAUCUUGGAAAUUGAAAGAGAAAGUGAAACUUUGGGCAAAGGGGUGGACACAGGGGGCAGGGAAGCGGGUGGCGGGGUGGUGGAAAAAGAAAGCCCUCUUGUGGGUAAGAAAGCACAGAGACCAUCUGAAGGAAGUGACUCUCCUGACCAAAAAAAUGAGACCCCAGAGUUAGGGGAAGUGUUUGAGAAUCAAGAUUCUGAUCAUUUUCAAGACGGCCCUGAGGAAUACCUGAAGACCUCCGGGCCCGCUGAGCAGCCCGGGGUGGAAGGACUCUCCAAAGAGGACCAGGAGGACUUGGAGAGGGUGGCGGACACAGAGGGCCAGGGGUCUGCAGUUGAGCACGACGGUGACCUGUGGCACUGGACUGCACACAGGGCUGUGCAGCCGCCGCACGGGGACCGGGUGAACGACUUGCCUAUCCUCAGCAGCUUCUUUAAAGACCAGCAGUCUCUGCGGCGGUUCCAGAAGUACUUCGAUGUCCAUGAGCUGGAAGCCAUGUUCCACGAAAUGUCAUUAAAGCUGAAGUCCGCGCAGCGGGAGAGCCUGCCCUACAAUGUGGAAAAAGUCCUGGACAAGGUCUUCCGUGCGUCUGAGUCCCAGAUUCUGAGCAUAGCAGAGAAGAUGCUGGACGCUCGUGUGACCAAAAACAGAGAGCUGGGCACCAAGGAAAAUAACAUAUUUGAAGAGGCGGCGGUCCUUGACGAUGUUCAAGACCUGAUCUAUUUUGUGAGGUACAAACACUCCACCAUGGAGGAGACCACGCCACUGGCGACGGCUCCACCCACGGAGGAAGGCUGGGCUGGCGCCACGGAAGGAAUAGAGCCACUCCUUGAAGAUAGUUUCCCACAAGAUCACACAGAAGACCUUAGAGCACAGAUUCCCAAAGAGCCCAGCCAGUUGGAUCAACUUGGGACCGGUGACAAGGGUGGCUCAGAAGUGUCACAGAAGCCGAAUACUGAGAAGGACAUAGACCCAGGGAUAAUUCCAACAGAAAGCAGUCCUGUUGAUGCUGUUGAUGCAAAAAAGAAACUAGAAACAAAUGCUGAAGAGCCAGCAAGUGUCUCACCUUUGGAAAAUGCAAUUCUUAUAAUAUAUUCAUUCAUAAUUUAUUUAACUAAGACGUUGGUUGCUACAUUGCCUGAUGAUGUUCAGCCUGGGCCUGAUUUUUAUGGAUUGCCAUGGAAGCCUGUACUUAUCACAGCCUUCUUGGGAAUUGUGUCAUUUGCCAUUUUCUUCUGGAGAACUGUCCUUGUUGUAAAGAAUAGAGUAUAUCAAGUCACUGAACAGCAGAUUUCUGAGAAGUUGAAGAAUAUCAUGAAAGAAAAUGCAGAACUUGUACAAAAAUUGUCAAAUUAUGAACAGAAGAUCAAGGAAUCAAAGAAACAUGUUCAGGAAACCAAGAAACAGAAUAUGAUUCUGUCUGAUGAAGCAGUUAAAUUUAAGGAUAAAAUCAAGAAACUUGAAGAAACGAAUGAACUUCUGGAUGAUACAGCAAAAAAUCUGCGUGUUAUGUUAGAAUCUGAGAGAGAACAGAAUGCAAAGAAUCAGGACUUGAUUCUGGAAAACAAGAAGUCUAUAGAGAAGUUAAAGGAUGUUAUUUCAGUGAAUGCCUCCGAAUUUUCAGAGGUUCAGAUUGCUCUUAAUGAAGCUAAACUUAGCGAAGAGAAGGUGAAGUCUGAAUGCCAUCGGGUUCAAGAGGAAAAUGCUAGGCUUAAGAAGAAGAAAGAGCAGUUGCAGCAAGAAAUCAAAGAUUGGAGUAAAUCACAUGCUGAGCUCAGUGAACAAAUUAAAUCAUUUGAGAAGUCUCAGAAAAAUUUGGAAGUAGCUCUUACUCACAAAGAUGAUAAUAUUAACGCUUUGACUAAUUGCAUUACACAGUUGAAUCGCUUAGAUUGUGAAUCUGAAUCUGAGGGUCAGAAUAAAGGAGGAAAUGAGAUGGAUGAAUUAGCAAAUGGAGAAGUGGGAGGUGACCGGAAUGAGAAGAUGAAAAAUCAAAUUAAGCAGAUGAUGGACAUUUCUCGGACGCAAACUGCAAUAUCAGUAGUCGAAGAGGAUCUAAAACUUCUACAAUUUAAGCUUAGAGCCUCGAUGUCUACUAAAUGCAACCUGGAAGACCAGAUAAAGAAAUUGGAAGAGGAGCGCAGUUCGCUGCAGUCGGCCAAAGCCGGCCUGGAAGGCGAAUGCAAAACCCUGAGGCAGAAGGUGGAGAUUCUGAACGAACUGUAUCAGCAGAAGGAGAUGGCUCUGCAGAAGAAACUGAGUCAAGAAGAGUAUGAGCGGCAAGACCGAGAGCAGCGGCUGUCAGCUGCAGAUGAAAAGGCGCUUUUGGCUGCAGAGGAAGUAAAAACGUACAAGCGCAGAAUUCAAGAAAUGGAGGAUGAAUUACAGAAAACCGAGCGCUCGUUUAAAACCCAGAUUGCUACUCACGAGAAGAAAGCUCAUGAUAACUGGCUCAAGGCUCGUGCUGCAGAAAGAGCUAUCGCUGAGGAGAAGAGGGAAGCGGCCAACCUGAGACACAAGUUACUGGAAUUAACCCAGAAGAUGGCAGUGCUGCAGGAAGAGCCCGUGAUUGUGAAGCCACGGCCGGGAAGACCCAGCGCCCAGAACCCUCCAUGGAGAGGUCCUCUGAGCCAGAACGGCUCUUUUGGUCCAUCUCCUGUGAGUGGGGGGGAAUGCUCCCCUCCCCCGACGGCUGACCCGCCUGCCAGACCGCUCUCUGCUACCCUCAAUCGAAGAGACAUGCCUAGAAGUGAAUUCGGAUCAGUGGACGGGCCUCCACCUCGUCCUCGAUGGUCAUCUGAGGCAUCUGGGAAACACUCUGCCUCUGCAGAUCCAGGACCCGGUGCAGCUCCCAUGGCGAACAGCAGCUCGAGAAGCUCUUCCCCUACUAAGGUGAUGGAUGAAGGCAAGCAAACUGUUGCCCAAGACCCCGAAGGCCCCUCAGCUCCCAGCAUUCCAUCUGUGGCUGAGCAGUCAGUAGUAGUUCCUAUGGCUGCAAAAGGGCCUCCUCCUUUCCCAGGGGUGCCCCUCGUGAGCUCGCCCGUGGGAGGCCCUCUACCACCCCCCACUCGAUACGGACCGCCACCCCCGCUCUGCGGGCCUUUCGGGCCUCGGCCGCUGCCCCCACCAUUUGGUCCUGGCUUACGUCCACCACUAGGCUUGAGGGAAUACGCGCCGGGCAUUCCACCUGGGAAGCGGGACCUGCCUCUCGACCCUCGAGAAUUUCUCCCGGGACACACACCUUUUAGACCUUUAGGCUCUCUUGGCCCGAGAGAGUACUUUAUUCCUGGUACUCGACCACCACCGCCAACCCACGGCCCCCAGGAUUAUCCGCCUCCACCUGCUGCAAGAGACUUCCUGCCUUCUGGCUCCAGAGACGAGCCCCCCGCUGCCUCGCAGAGCAGCAGCCCGGACUGUUCACAGGCUUUAAAACAGAGCCCGUAACUCUGACCUCUGACGUUCAGUCCGAGAGAAAGUGGGCUGGGCACAUUGGUUACGGUAAAGGAUUUCAUUGGCUUCAGAAUCCAGAAGUUUAUUUUAAAAGGUAUGUUUUUAGAACCAAGCUGCCCUGGCAGUGUGCAUUUUUGAGCCAAACAAUUGAAAAAUAUCAUUUCCCCCCCUAAAUAAAAACCACCUCAUAAGCUAGAGCCUUCUGACAACCUUGAAAUGUGCAAUAAAGAAUACCUGUGUUCUAGUUAACGUAGCGCGUAACUGCUCCAUGAUUUAGAGUCCUGAGAAAUAUGAACAUUUCCUGUGGAAAUGCUAGAACAGGUAUUUCCAUUUAUUAUCCUGUUUUUAGUGUGCACCAGUUGAAUACAGAGCAAUGGUGUUUAUAAGCUUGGUUUUUUAAAAUAUCUGGUCGCAAAGACUGUUACGCUAAAAAUGUUUACUAAAAGAUCAUUAACUCUCCCUUCUUGCUGAAGUUCUUUGUAGUAAUAGUUCAUAAAAAUUUGGUUAUUAGUA